AUGGCUGCAUUUGAUCUCCCUGAGAAAUAUGAUGACCUCCCCGACAAACGUCGAUUCUGGCCUGCAGCACCCGGAUCGUCAGAAGAGGGCCUAGGCAUGCUGCGCCUCUUGACGCCAGAGAUCGUGGCCAACGCAGCACGGACACAGAUCCAAACCGGAGAGCGGGUAUGUCUGAACUGGGACAUCCAGAAUCUGAACCCCCCAGGUACGAAUUCAUGUUCACGGGGGUUGGCAGGAUUCGGGCGGAAACCGUUUGAACACCUAGUGAAAUGGGUCGCUGAGGGCGUUGCCUUUGACGAUGAGUACCAUUUCAACCCACAACAGUCAUCGCAAUGGGACGGACUCCGUCACCAUAACGGACCUGCUCCUACCGCUGAAGAUCCCAACCGCCGGCUAUUCUAUGGCGGUACCACAGCGGAGGAAAUCCUGGACCCGGAAAGCUCCCGUAUUGGAAUCGGACACUGGGCGAAGAAGGGCAUCGCGGGGCGGGGCGUCCUUAUAGAUUACCUUUCCUGGGCCGAGAAGCGUGGGGUCGCAGUCAACGCGUUGACUCAACACGAGGUAUCCCUGGAUGUGGUGCUGGAGAUUGCCCGCGAAAGUCAGAUUGAGUUCCAGCGCGGAGAUAUCUUCUUCCUCCGGGUUGGCCUGCCGCAGACAUGGCAGUCCAUGAAUGAAGAGCAAAGAAAAGUCUAUAGUCAACAGGCAGCACCCAAACAUGCUGGUAUCGAACAAAGCGAGCGGGUACUGCGAUUCUUCUGGGACAACCAUUUUGCGGCUGUGGCAUCCGAUGCGGUCAGCUUUGAGGUGUUUCCACCGCUGCAGCCGGAGUUUGAUCUGCAUCAUUAUAUGCUUGCUGGUUGGGGAGUGCCCAUCGGCGAGAUGUUUGAUUUGGAUGCGCUGGCCGAGAUAUGCCAGAAGCUGGGGCGUUGGACGUUCUUUGUAUCGAGCAGCCCGUUGAAUUUACUCCGUAACCCGAACAAUUACUCCGGACUCGCGGUUCAUCCAACAACUUCGCGCCUGCAGAUUGAGCUUAAGGAGAUGACUUCAAUCAUCCCUCAUAUUGAGGGCAUCCGCGCGUUGCUCUCCUUGAUCGUAUCGUGGCGGACUCUUGCCCUGCUGCUCGCGAUCAUCAAUCUCAAAAAUCUCCCGUUGGCCUGGCACGUCCGAAUCCUACGACAUUUCGUCACCAACAUCCGCUCGCACCCCAAGGCCCCCUUCUUCCCCAAAGGCAAAGCCAUCGCCAGCCACACCGGCAACCCGACACACCCUGUCUUCGUUCCCUACGGGAUCACGUCGCGCGCUCCUCUGCUAGAAACAGACUACAACCUCCACAAGUCCAACAGCACCUACUUCAGCGACUUGGACAUCUCGCGUACGGCCCUCGUCACCCGUCUCUACAGUCCCGGCGCGGGGAUGAUCGGCAAAGAGCUCGAUGCGGAGUUCGCCGAAACCGCCCGCAGGGAGGGCAAAGCCCCGCCGCCGCGGAAGUCUAUCUACGUUGCGCUCGGGUCCGUGUUCUGCACGUUUAAGCGGGAGAUCAAGCCGUUUGCGCUGUACGAGAUCGAGUCCAAGGUUCUCGCGUGGGACCAGAAAUGGAUGUACAUUCAGAGUUUCUUUUUGAAGCCUGCGGACCAAAAGGGCGGGAAGCGUAAGCUCUACGCAACCGCCGUGAGCAAGUACGUGGUGAAGAAAGGUCGAUUGACGAUUCCCCCGGAAAAGGUGUUGAGGAAGAGUGGGUUCUUGCCACCCCGGCCGGAGGGGGUAGAGCCUGCUCCUGCUUCUACUUCUUCGCCCAUGGUGGAUUCCUCUACGGAAGCUUCUGGAACAGGGACCCCGGCCGGAAUCACGGCGGCGGCGGCGGCGGCGGCGGCUGGCGUGGAUGGGUCGCUUGUGCGGGAGGUGCUGAAGCUCCAGGAUGGGGAUAUUCCCGAGUCGACGACGCUGGAAGCGGAGAAGAACGCGAACGCCGGGUUGUGGGACGAGAGGGAGUGGACGUGGGAGCGGAUCGAGGAGGAGCGUCUGCGCGGGAUGCGGGUACUUGAUGGAUUCUACAAUUUAGAUGUCCGACUAAUUGAGGAGUGGGAGGCAUAAUUUGGAUAUAUAUAUAGAUAUAUAUAGACCCCUACUACUUGUAUAUAUAUAUAUAUAUAUAUAUAUGUAUGCAGGGGCAAGCUUUGAAUCAGACUGUACAAAGGUCUUUUCUUCCCAACAACCGGAAAUGGCUAGGGUAUUGGCUAUGUAUGUACUCGGGACCUCGGUUGCAGAUCUCGUGCUCUUGAAAUCCAACUCCUUAAAAAAGU